AUGUCGAGCGGCCUCGGCGGCCUCAACAAGUCGCCCCACGGCGUGGUCGUCGGGCUCUGCCAGCUGCAGCUUCCCGUCAUCGAAACGAAAGACCAGCUCGACGCUCAGGUCGACCGCGUGUGCGCUCUCGUCGGCAAAGCGCGGCGCGGCUCCACCUCUAUGGACCUCGUCGUGUUCCCCGAAUACAUGCUGCACGGCCUGUCUAUGGACGUCUGCGAUGAGAUCAUGUGUGAGCGCGACGGCCCGAUCGUCGCGCGGCUGCGAGCGGCCUGUGUGCAACACAAAAUCUGGGGGUGCUUCUCGAUCAUGGAGCGCAACCCUGCCGCGCCAGAGAGCCCGUUCAACUCGGGCCUGAUCUUCGACGCCGACGGCAACGAGGUGCUCUACUACCGCAAGCUGCAUCCAUGGGUGCCGGUUGAGCCGUGGGCGCCAGGCGACCUCGGCGUGCCGGUCGUCGACGGCCCCAACGGCUGCAAGCUCGCACUGAUCAUCUGCCACGACGGCAUGUUUCCCGAGAUGGCUCGUGAGUGCGCGUACAAGGGCGCAGAAAUCAUGCUGCGCACGGCCGGGUACACCGCGCCGAUCCGCGACUCGUGGGUCUUCACGAACCAGGCAAACGCGUUCCAAAACCUGAUGUGCACCGCCAGCGUUUGCAUGAGCGGCAGCGACGGCACCUUCGACUCGAUGGGCGAUGGCGGAUGCGAGCACGGGAGGCACUGCAGCGCGUUUCCUCUCCCCACCCAUCCCUCUGAAUCACAGGCGAAGGAAUGUUCUGCAACUUCGACGGUUCGCGAGGCGAGGCUCGGCUGGGGCGUCGAAAACAACAUCUACCAGCUCGGCCACAGAGCGUACGUUGCAGUCCAGGGCGGGGCGCGCGACUGCCCGUACACGUUCAUGCACGACCUCGUCGCGGGAAAGUAUCGGCUGCCGUGGGAGGGGCAGGUGAAGCACACCGAUGGCCGCUCCUGCGGCUUCCCCGCGCCUGUGCGCGAGUACGCGCCCUCGGCUGCGGCCAGCAACGGGCACGGCGAUGCAAAAAAGUAGAGCGCAUCAUAUCCGCCAUUCGCUAGGCCCGGAUUGUUCCAUCACGCGCAUAGUUCCCAUGAUAGUUCCCGCUCCUCUCGCGCUGUACUCUACGGGGGCGUGCGCGGCCCUGUGCGUGUACGUUUAUUGUACAUACGCGUUACCGGCGU